CACAUGGGGCUGCUGGGCCAAGGGUUGUCCCCAGCCAGGCCCUAUUUUCCCUGGAUAGAGACUUUCAGUCCUACAGGGGCGCAGGAACAAUCUGCACGGGAGGGCUGAGACCCCAUUGAACCAAACUCCAAACUCUGCAGAUGCUGGGAACCGCUUCAAGCCUGGUGGGGCAGCAGCAACCCUUAAUCCUGCCCCUCUGGGAGCUUGGGAAGCGGGUGCCCGGCGCUGUCCCCGCUAGAGGGCUCUGGGUCUGGCUCAGGGAGGAGAGGCGGCAGCGCUCUCCCCCUCCCGAGGCCGUGUGUUUCCUGUGAUCAGGGGGCUGAACUUCCCAGGUUAGCGGCUGCUGCUUCCGUAGCGCAGAGCCAGGCCCCCGCUGUGCCUAGCCCGGGUGGGGACCGUCUGCUGCUGCUGCAGCCAGCCCCGGGCUCUGCCCGCAGCAGCCCCGAGCCGGAGCCUGCAGGUGCUUUAAAGGAGCCGCCCGCGUGUUACCGAUGGAGAAGUGGCUCUUCCUAGAUCCUCGGCAGAGGGCCCUGUACAGAGAUGUCAUGCAGGAGAGCUAUGAGACCUUGAUGUCCCUCAAAUAUCCCAUCCCUAAGCCGGACGUGAUCUCUCGGCUGGAGCAAGGAGAAGAGCCGUGGGUCUCCCUGGAUCUCCAGGGCUCUGGGGGACGGGACCUCCUGAGAGGCGCCAACCCAGGGACCGCAAGCGAGACUGAGGGGGAAGCUCCACGGCCAGAAGGCCCCGAGACGCCAUCAUCGGGAAGCAGCUGGGGGAAGGUGGGCCACAAUCCCAAAGGGGGCAAAGCCGGCAGGUCCGGAGGCCAGCAGGGAAAGCCGCCGGGGAAGAGACGGGGCAGAGAAGCUCCAUGCAAUGGAGGCUUCAAGAAAGUCCAGGAUGGGGCGGCCCAGCAGAGAGGCCGAUUGGGGGAGAGCCCCCAAGCCAAGCUCAGUGUGGAUGGUAGCAGGCAACUUCCUGCGGGAGAGGAGCCGUCUCUGUGCCCAGAGUGCGGUGAGAGCUUUACGGAGAGCUCCGCCCUCCUUACCCACCAGAGAUCCCACGCGGGGCAGGGCUCCUACCCAUGCCUGGAGUGUGGGGAGAGCUUCAUCGAGAGCUCUGCCCUCCUUAUGCACCAGCAGUCCCACGCGGGGCAGGAACCCAGCCCACGGCGCCGGCCCCAGGCCCCCGGCGGGAAGCGUUACCGCUGCUCGGAGUGCGGGGAGCGCUUCCGGGUGAGCUCCCACCUGGCCACCCACCUGCGCCUCCACACCGGGAUCAAGCCCUUCCAAUGUACCGACUGUGGGAAGGGCUUCGACUGGGGCUCGCACUACGCCCGGCACCGGCGGCUGCACACCGGCGAGCGGCCCUUCCAGUGCACCGACUGCGGGAAAUGUUUCGGGCGCAGCUCCCACCUCUACCGGCACCAGCGGGCCCAUGCCGGCGGGAAGCCCCUGGAGUGCCCGGACUGCGGCAAGGCCUUCAACAGUAGCGCCUUCUUCCACAAGCACCAGCGGGCCCACGCCACCCCCCGGCAGCCCCACUGCUGCCCCGAGUGCGGGGAGAGCUUCCCCCGCAGCACCGCACUCGCCCGGCACCGCCGGAGCCACCGGGGCGACAAACCCUUCCAGUGCGGGGACUGCGGGAAAGGCUUUGCCUGGAGCUCCCACCUGGAGCGGCACCGGCGCGUCCACACCGGCGAGCGGCCCCACACCUGCGGCGAGUGUGGGGAGGCUUUCAGCCAGAGCGCCCACCUGGUGAAACACAAGCGGGUGCACACGGGCGAGAGGCCCUACGGGUGCCCCGACUGCGGGAAGAACUUUGGGGACAGCUCGGCACUGGCCAAACACCGGGGGUGCCAUGCCGGCAAGGAGAGACGCCACCUGGCUGCGAAACGCCCGACGGCAGAGAGACCCCAUCAGUGCAGCGACUGCGGGAAAAGUUUUGCUCGGAGCGCGGCACUGGUGAGGCACCGGAAAAGCCACGCGGAGAGGCAACCCGAUGAUGGGGAGAGCUCCACCCAGACAAGCCCCACGGGGGAGAACUCCUCCCAUCCCUGCCCCGACUGCGGGAAAAACUUCCCUCGAGGCUCCCAGCUGGACAGACACCGGCGUCUCCUCCACACGGUGGGUCAACCCUACCAGUGCCCACAGAGCACAGCGCUGGCCAAGCAUCGCCGGGGUGACAGACCCUUCCGGUGCGGGGACUGCGGGAAAGCCUUCGCCUGGAGCUCGCACCUGGAGCGGCACCGGCACAUCCACACCGGCGAGCGGCCCCACACCUGCGGCGAGUGCGGGGAGGCCUUUAGCCAGAGCGCUCACCUGGUGAAACACAAGCGGGUGCACGCAGGCCAACGGAAGAGCUUCGGGGACGGCUCGGCACUGGGCAAGCACCGGGCUGGCAAAGAGGGCACAUCCCACUGCUGCGGCGACUGCGGGAAAAGUUUCAGCUGCAUCAUGGACCUCAACCGGCACCAGCCUUCCCAUGCGGCGGAGAAACCCUACCGGUGCGGGGACUGUGGGAAAAGCUUCAGCCAGACACCAGCGUUGGCCAGGCACCGGCGGCUUCACUCCACUGGAGGGAAACCUUUCCACUGCGCCGACUGUGGGAAGGGAUUUGCCUGGAGUUCCCACUGGGAGCGGCACCGGCGCGUCCACACCGGUGAAAAGCCUUUCCAGUGCGCCGACUGUGGGAAAUGCUUUGGCCGUAGCUCCCAUCUCUACCGGCAUCAGAGGAACCACCCCGGAGAGAAACCCACCUCCCAAGGGGCUGAGUAAAGGGGAACGUGACCACCAGGAAGGGACCCUAAUGAGACAACAGGGGAACCAACCCCAGGAACCCUUCUGCCAAAGGGGCAAGGUGUCUGCCAGGGACGAGAUAACAAGGAGUCCACCUGGGAGAGGAACCCCUUUGAGUUCGAUCCAUAUUAGGCAUCAGGGAAGCCUUUCAGGGCUAAGAAAUCCAAUCCACGUGCUAACCGGGGAUAACACUCCUCCAUCACGCGUGUUCGGCUGCCCCCAGCUGCUGAUCAGUGAUCCCUGGCGGCCGGCAUGCCAUGAAGCGGGUCUCCUCCUCUCACCCAAGUUGGAUGGGAAGCAGCAGGGGCAGGGAGGGAGACGGGGGAGGUGCUGUCACUUUCCCUACCCCACAUCGACCCCUGACUCGGGCCACCAGAGGAUUCAGGGGGCCUGGGGCAAAGCAAUUUUGGGGGCCUCUUCCAUAAAAAAAAAA